UAUACGAAACUAAUUCAUGGCGUAUAGAACUUCUAGUAUCACAAGUUCGUUAGUCACAUUGGUGCUGUUAGGCACAAUAUUAUGUGAUGCAGAAUUGUCUUCUACGUUUUACGACAGUGCUUGCCCCAUUGCACUCAGCACCAUAAGAACUGUGAUUCGCAGUGCAGUAUCUGCGGAGCGCCGCAUGGCUGCGUCUCUCAUUCGCCUUCAUUUUCAUGAUUGCUUUGUUCAGGGUUGUGACGCAUCAAUUUUGCUUGAUGAUAGCUCCUCUAUUGAGAGCGAAAAGAGUGCACUUCAGAAUGCAAACUCAAUAAGGGGAUAUAACAUCAUCGAUCAAGCAAAAUCUGAGGUGGAGAAACUAUGCCCCGGAGUUGUGUCAUGUGCUGACAUUGUAGCAGUAGCAGCACGUGAUGCAUCAUUUGCUGUGGGAGGUCCAUCAUGGACUGUGAAGCUUGGACGAAGAGAUUCAACCACUGCAAGCAAAAGUUCGGCUACUAGUGACCUUCCACGAUUCACAGACGAUCUUGACACUCUUAUCUCCAGAUUCAAUAAUAAGGGUCUCACUGCCAGAGACAUGGUUACUCUAUCCGGUGCCCACACAAUCGGACAAGCUCAAUGCUUCACAUUUCGUGGAAGAAUAUACAACAAUGCAAGUGAUAUUGAUGCAGGAUUUGCUAGCACUCGCCAACGUGGUUGUCCAUCCGUUAGUAAUGAUGAUAAUGACAAGAAAUUGGCAUCACUAGACUUGGUCACACCCAAUUCUUUCGACAACAACUACUUCAAGAAUUUGAUUCAGAAGAAGGGUCUUCUUCAAUCAGAUCAAGUUCUGUUUAGUGGAGGAUCUACAGAUUCUAUUGUGUCCGAAUACAGCAAUAAGCCUACAACCUUUAAGUCCGACUUCGCAGCUGCUAUGAUUAAAAUGGGAGAUAUUCAACCAUUAACUGCUUCAGCUGGAAUCAUAAGAAAGAUUUGCAGCUCUAUCAACUAAGUCAAAUUCUACUGUUGCAUUUCCCACUAUUAAUUCUUAUUUAUUCAUUCAAUUGUAUAUGUUGUUUCUACUUCAUAUUGAUCCGAAUGGUA